GGGCGACACCCCGCCCGACCUACCUCCCCAGGACCCUCGUCCUUCAGGGUCCCACCCCAACAUCGCGUUCACUUCCCCUCGUCAGUUUGCUCACUUCAUACGACAGGAGGAGGUCAUGUUCUACUCAGUGAACGUCACGGAUCUUCUUCGCUACGAUCCACUCUGUCCCGAGGUUGAGCUCAUCUCUCUGGAGACCGAUCCCCCUAACCCUCCUUCCAUCUUCGCGGCUCCCAUCUCUACAUCCACUCGUCAGCCUGCAGAUACCCCCUCCACGUCUCAGGCCCUUGCGCCGUCAACUGUAGAGUCCAUACAUACGUCUCGUGCUAACGCAGACGCUGAGGAACUCACACGGUUCACGACAGACUUAGAGCCCGCCGUUCGCGACCUGAUUCGAGAGUACCACAACAUUUUUCCCCCGUAUUUCCCAUACAGAGGGAUUCCUCCGAUGCGCGGUGUCGAGCAUUCCAUCCAACUCGUGCCUGACUAUCGUGUUCACCAUCAGGCACCAUACCGACUCUCGAUUCCAGAGGCGAAGGAACUUAAGCGUCAGCUUGAGGAGCUCCUUCGACUGGGUUUCAUUAAGCCCUGUAACUCCCCUUGGGGUGCACCUGUCCUCUUUGCUCGCAAAGCGGACGGAACUCUCCGCCUCUGCAUUGACUACCGCGGCCUUAACCGUUACACGAUUAAGAACAGCUAUCCCAUGCCCCGUGCGGAUGAGCUGUUUGACCGUCUGGCAGGCAACCGCUUCUUCACGAAGAUCGAUCUUCGUAACGGUUAUCACCAGAUCCGCGUUGCCACAGAGGAUCAGCCAACGACCGCCUUCCGAUCGCGCUUCGGCCACUACGAGUUCACGGUGAUGCCAUUCGGCCUCACCAAUGCACCCGCCACCUUCCAGACGGCGACGAACGACAUCUUCAGGGACAUCCUUGAAGAAUACGUUCUCCUAUACCUUGACGACAUCUUGGUCUACAGUCGUACCUUAGAAGACCAUCUCAAACACCUCCGCGAUGUCCUACAGCGCUUACGCAAGCAUGGCUUCUAUGCCAAGCUUAGUAAGUGCCGCUUUGCCCUGCGCAAAGUGGACUUCCUAGGACACCAUGUGUCUGACCAGGGUCUCCACAUUGACGACGCGAAGAUCACUGCUAUUGCAGAGUGGCCCGUCCCCACAUCUGCCAAGCAACUUCGCAGUUUCCUAGGCCUCACCAGCUACUAUAGUAAUUUUAUCCAGGGAUACGCUAGUUUCACCACUCAGCUCAUCAAGGGUGAAACGAACCGCGUCGCCGACGCCUUGUCCCGCCGUCCUGAUCACAAUCAGGAACCCAUCCAUCUUGCUGCCAUCUCCAUCACCACUGUUGAUCAGUCGGUGAUCGAUGCGUAUCGCACUCAGUACCGCCACUGCCCCCAUUAUCGCGUUAUCCACGCGACACUGCGGAGUGGCAAGACCGUUCCUUCUUACUUCCUCGGGGAGAACGGCCUCGUGUACAGGCAUGACAGAUCUAGUCAGCUAGAACCACGUAUCUGCGUUCCCUCCACCGGACAGCUCCGCGUCCAGGCUGUAGCAGAGUUCCAUGACCAGGCAGUUGCCGGUCAUAUGGGUUUCCACAAGACGUUGGCUCGUGUUUGCCGCCUAUACGUAUGGCCGAAGUCCAAGGACUUUGUCAAAGUCUACAUCCAGGAGUGUCCUACCUGCCAGGAGGUGAACAGUGCGAACCACCUUCCGUAUGGGUUACUUCAGCCCCUACCCAUACCUGAGGGUCGUUGGCAGUCCAUCUCGAUGGAUUUCAUUGGUCCCCUCCGCCCACCCACUGAGCGAGGUCAUGAUGCUAUCUUGGUCGUCGUCGAUCGCUUCACGAAGAGUGCACGUUUUGUCCCGUGCCGCUAUCGCAUUAGCGCUCGUGAGGUCGCCGACAUCGUCUUCAACCGAGUCGUGAGAGAUCACGGCUUACCUCAGAGCAUCAUCUCCGACCAUGACCCGCGCUUUACCAACACAUUCUGGCGACGCCUACACGAGGUGUACGGAUCCCAGGUCCGCUUCUCAUCGUCUUACCACCCUCAGACGGAUGGUCAGACUGAGGUCACCAAUAAAAUUAUUGGUAAUAUCCUCCGAAAGUUUGUUAGGGAUGACUUGCAGUGGGACUUACACUUAGCCCACGCGGAGAUUGCGUACAACCACGCUGUUUCGCCAGCCACGGGGAUGUCGCCAUUCUAUUGCGACCUUGGCUACCACCCUCGGGUAGCCGUGGAUUUCCUACGACCAUCGCGGUUGCGCCCAGACACUCGUUGCCGUGCGCUUGACGACUGGAUCGCGCACAUGGCGGCGAUUAUGAAGCGCGCACACGAGAGUUUAGCCGACUCCCAGACUCGCAUGGCCGCACGAGCGAACCGAUCACGAAUGGAUCAUCCAUUCAAAGUCGGUGACGAUGUGCUCGUCGAUGCACGCCACUUACAGCUCGAAGCAGAUACGCUUCGCAAGUUCAGGCAUCGUUUCUUUGGUCCAUGCUGCAUCCUUCAGGCCGUCGGUUCUGAUACUGCCGCUAGUCCGGUCAGCUUCUGUGUGAAGCUACCUGAUUACCUUCGACAGGCUCGUGUACACGAUGUUUACCACGUCUCCUUGCUACGUCCUUAUCGCAGACCGUCCGAGCGCUUCGCCGGACGCCCUUAUGAGCGCCCUCCAUCUAUCAUGGUGGACGGUCACGAGGAGUUCGUUGUUUCGGACAUCGUAUCACGCCGAGUUACCGACGAUACCCCUCCACGCAUCGAGUACCUUGUGCGUUGGAAGGGCUACCCUGAUGAGGAGGCUACUUGGGAGCCCCUCGAACACUUGCAGCACGCCAGGAUGUUGGUGCAUGCAUAUGAUCGUGCUCGUCGUGCUGAGACAUCUGCUUCUACUCAGCCGACUGACCCCCUUCCUCCUCCUUUGGCUGAGGAGAUUGCUGAGGACGAGCCCACUCCCUCUGAGGCCGUUCCUCAGCCGCAGACGGUCGCCUCCGAGCGUCCACAGCGCACUCAUCGUCUCCCUUCGCGUUACGAUGACUGACACUCUUAUCCUCUAUCUUUCCCCACUGACUCACACCAUCAGGUACUCCAUCAUCAACUCUUCUCCAGGAUGUCAGCGUUUUGCG